GCUAUAGUUUUUAUUGCCCCCAAACUGAACUACAAGAACUUAAAUGAGGAGGUGAUGAAACACUUUGCCAGACUACAGGCCAGAGAUGAUCAGGGUGGUAUAAGGACAAACACAACAGUGUGUCUAGGGAAGAUAGCAUGUCAUCUGAAUCCACAAGUGAGACAGAAGAUGAUAUCCUCGGCCUUUCUGAGGGCCCUGAAGGAUCCAUUUCCCCCAGCCAGACAGGCUGGGAUACUAGGCAUGGCGUCCACCCAGAACUUCUUCACAUUGAAUGAAAUAGCUCAGAGGUUAUUACCAGCAGUGUGUUCCAUGACCAGAGACCCAGAAAAGGGGGUCAGAGAUCAGGCAUUCAGGGGAAUAAAAUGCUUUGUAGAAAAGUUAGAAAAGGUUUCAGAAAAUCCAGAGUUAGAAGCAGAGAUGGAGAAGGAUGUUCUGUCUGGGGGUUCUACAGUCUCCAGCAGUGCUGCCAGCUGGGCGGGGUGGGCGGUGACAGGGGUGUCUUCCCUGACAUCCAAACUGUACAAAAAGGAUGGCACCAGACAGAAGGCAACGGGAUCACCAGGACCAGCACAAAAUGUUGGUGAACUUCCAAAAAAGCCUACUCCAAAACCAGUGAGUGAUAAUCCAUCAGCCCCAGAACCAAGUCAGCCUGAGGAGACAGGGUGGGACGAGGAAGGAUGGGGAGAUAUUGAUGAUACUGUAGAUAAUGAGGAGGAGUUGAGUGAGACUCAGCCUCGGUCCACUGAUGGCUGGGAGGACAAUGAUGAGGAGGACUGGGGCAGUCUGGAGGAUACGGCCCCAAAGAGUGUUGGUCAGGAAAAAUCAUCAGGCAGUUCCAUGAAGCUUGGUUCUAAAAAAGCCGAGGAUGAGUGGGGAGGGGACUUUGGUAAUGAAUUUGUGAGUACCGAGGACAGCGGCCUAACAAUGGCAGGGGAAUACAACUGGGGGAAUACAUCAGAAACUGCCCAGGAAGACUUCUUUUCCUCAGCUAUGGGACUUCCAAAACAAAAACCAGCAAAAACAAAACCAAAAUCCAGUCCAUCCAGUUCUAGAUCCAGUCCGGCGCCAUCUGGUGUUGUAGCUAGUCAACAGAAGGCUUCAAAAGUGGAGUCUGGGUGGGACGUAGAAGACUCAGGGUGGGGGACAGAGGAGUGGGGGCCUGUGGGGUCCACCAACAAGACCACAGUCCAGAGUCGCCCAGCUAAACAGAAGAGUCCUAGUCCUCCUCCAGACACCUCAGGGUGGGGCGAUUCAGGCUGGGGGGAUGGUGACGACUGGGGAGCAGGUACCAACAAAAUUGAUGAAACAAGGAGAAAAAAAGAAGAAAGAGAAGAAAAGAGAUUACAAAGGCAGAGAGAGAUAGAAGAAAGGCGUGCAGCCAGGAAAGGAGGAGGGGCACUAAAACUAGGGGCUAAAAAAACAGCUCUAGAUUGAGCCGGUCUCUGGAGCCAACUGUCAAUGUGAUACAAACUAAGUUUUACAAUUACAUAAAAAGAAAGAUUUAAAUGUCAAAGGUGUAUACGCAUCUUUCCUGCCAAAAGGUGUCCAAUAUUUAAUGUUAUGCAAAAUCUGUAAUAAAAAGCAGAUGAGAUCCUAUGUUUUUGUAAAAUUGUAUUUAAUGGAUGAAUGCCCAAUCUAAUUUUUGACAUUGAACAGAGAUGUGAAUGCUUUUCUGGGAUUAAAAUUGUUAAAUAAUAAAGUUAUGAAUGUAAUUUAAGUUUUUGCAAAUUUUUUGAAUGUAUUUCAAUUAUAUAAUAUUUUAUGAAGUA